AUGGAGAUGAAGGUUUUCAGUGCACUUGGCAUUCUUGCCUUGAUGAUAGCCACCAAUAUGGUCAUGGGCUUGCAGAAAUGUUCCUGCUCCAGCACGACUUGGGAUUGUUCAUUUCGAGGAAAGAGUAUCAUAUUUCCAGAAGACAUAUGCAAUGCAAAUAAUUGGCUGCUUCAUCACAAUUACCUGGGAGCAAUACCGACACCAUCAUAUCACUUGAAUGCAGUCGAUGUUUCCUACAAUUCGCUGGGAUUAAACGAGUCGGCAUUAGUUUACUUCCCUAAUGUGAACUAUCUUGAUUUGAGUAGUAAUUAUCUAAAAUCUUUGGAGAUUGUGGGUCGAAGUAUCAUAGGAACACUUGUCGCAAAUGACAAUGAAAUUUCGAGUAUAGAAAUUAUAGAUAUUUUUGGUAAUAAUUCUCUCCGUGUUAGUGAUAAGCUUAUUCUUGCCCGCAAUAAAAUCACGAGUUUACCGCAAAUACCAAAUUCUUAUUCAUCAUUAACUCAUAUAGAUUUCUCCGGGAAUCCUCUCUGUACUAUUUCCGUGGAAGCGUUUAAAAGCAGGACAAAUCUGAAAAUUCUUCAUCUUAACAGCACUAAAACACUUUCUGAAUUAGAAAAUGGGACAUUCCAUGGACUUUCUUCCCUACAGAUUCUCUCCCUCAAUGACAACAAAUUGAUGCAUCUUGGUGAGGACUUGUUCACAUCAUUAGAAAAUCUGGAAGAGUUGUUUCUUAACGUUAACAACCUCAGCGAGCUCCCUUUGGGUAUUUUCCGUAAACUGUACAACCUCCGACUUCUCAACCUGGACAACAACAAACUGACGGAGCUGCCCGAAGAACUUUUCUCGCGUUUGCAUUCGUUGGAAGAUUUGUCGGUGCGCAGCAACUACCUGAAAACGCUGCCAGUGCUGCGACUAUGCGCUGGACCGAUCAGCACGGUGGUGUUCACAGACAACCUCAUAGAACGUAUCGAUGAGAUAGCUCUGCGAGGUCUCCUCAGGAUUGGGUUCUCGUAUGGCGACUUAUCUGAUAAUCGCAUUGAAAACGCCUCGUUAUCGUGGACUGACGGCGCUGAAGAUAUUUCGCUACGUCGUACAUCCACUAGGUGCCAAACGAUAGAGAUGUCAAAGAUAAUGUGAUUGGCCGACACACUAAACAAGAAUGGAA